UCUAAAGUUGGCCAUACUGAUUGUACCGAAAUGUCAAAUUAGACGUAAAGAAGUUUACAUAGUGAAGGAUCGUAUUUACCUGUAAUGGCAGCAAUUGAGAAAGUAAAGGUGGUUGUCCUUGGUGAUUCCGGUGUCGGUAAGACGUCGCUUACUUAUCUAAUAGCACACAACAAGCCGCUUAUGUCUCCCGGCUGGACAGUGGGCUGCUCCGUGGAGGUCAAGCUACACCGGUACAAGGAAGGGACUCAGGCGCAAAACACAUUCUUUGUAGAGCUCUGGGAUGUCGGCGGAUCGAAUGGGCAUAGGAAUACGCGCAAUGUUUUUUAUCAGCCUACACAUGGAAUAAUCUUAGUACACGACCUAACAAACAGAAAGAGCCAAAUCAAUCUCCAGAAGUGGUUAUCUGAGAUAUUAAAUCAAGACAACUCUAACCCCAACCAGCUCAGCAGCGUCGAAGUAGACUCGGAGCAGUUCCUGGGAUCCACACAGAUCCCGAUACUAGUGAUCGGCACCAAGUUCGACCUGGCCGAGGAGAAGCAGCGCAAGAACCAGUACCGGCGCCUCGCCAGCUCCAUCGCCGAGCAGUGUGGGGCCGACGAGCUGUUCGUCAACUCACACCAACCCAGAUCCCUAGCACCUGGGACCAGUAACUCUGUGAAACUAACUCGGUUUUUUGAUAAGGUAAUCGAACGAAGGUAUUACUCGCGCAUCAGCCCUUUCUCAGAUCGAAGACGCAUCCCUGCUUACAUGAUGUCCACAUCGACCCCGUUAUCCAACAAACCAAACCAGCAGUAUCUGAGCCCCAGAUUCUAUCACAUGGAUUAAUAAUGGCCGCCAUUUCUGCAUAAAGGUCGCCCUCAACAUUCCAGAUUUUUAAGCAUUUUAAAGUCGGUUUAAAAAAAAUUGCACAGUGUUCGUUGUAUUGUAUGAUAAAUAGUAUUUAUUUAUGUAUUUGUUAAAUAAAGAGACUCGUUAAAUUA